AAAAAGAAAAUAGAAUAGAUAAAUUAUUAACAAAAGAGUUCUCUAACUUACCCUUUUUAAAUUAACAAAAUUACAAACUUAUUCUAUAAAUAAUCUUUCACGAGAAAAAUAGGUAAAUGAAAAAAGAAAAAAAUGAAACAAUUUUCCAUUUAGUUUUUUUUUUUUUUUUUUUUUUAAUUUUCUUUGAGCUUUCUCGGCAAACAAACAGGAUUUAGAAACGAACCUGAUUUGGUUUAGGAGGAGUUUUGUUGCGGUGGAGGAUCUCGACGAGUGGGACCACGAAAAACGAAACAAUUUUCCAUUUAGUUUUUUUUUUUUUUUUAAUUUUCCUUGAGCUUUCUAGGCAAACAAACAGGAUUUAGAAACGAACCUGGUUUGGUUUAGGAGGGGUUUUGUUGCGGCGGAGGAUCUCGACGAGUAGGACCACGAAGGCCAGGGUUUUACCAGAGCCGGUGGCGGCGUCGACGGCGACGUCUUUGUAGCUACAGAGUAAGGGGAUCGACGGCGACGUCCAAUAAUAUAUUUUCUUGGGCAGCUUGGACCGGCGUCCAAUAAGGGGUUAGUGCCCAUCAUUUCCACGUUUUUUUUUUCGUAAGCAAAUGGAUCUCUCUCCAUUCAAGCUGGACAUUGAUGAGCUUAUAGGCGAGUUUGCUGAGGGUGAAUCUACAGCUUUGGCUGAUAUGAAGAGAGUUUGGCUUUCUAGAAAGUUCUCCUACAUAUAUGAGGCUAGUCCUUCUUCCAACUUGGCCUUCUUUAUGCAAUCUUUGUAUGCCCAUUCAAUUGGUUACAUUGUAGGUAAUGCUUCUUUAUCACGCAGAUUGGGUGGGCUCUAUUGCCUUUACUGCCUCUAUGAGACUCAGCCUUUCAAACCUCCUUUCAGAAUAUAUCUAUCCCUUGGAGAGCUGAAGAAACUUACAAACCUUGUUGUUGAUGCAAAAGAAAAAGGUAUAAAUGUGGUAUCUGCUUUGGUCAAAAGGAUGCUUGAGAAAAAAAUGUUCCUCUUUGGGUCUGUGGAGAUGAAUGAAGGCUCUGUUACAGAGACAGUAAAUCAACUCACAGAAUUACAGAAUGCCCGCAUUCAAGUUGCAUAUGAUAAGUUAUUUGCUAAUACUCGGAUAGAGCACUUCCUCCGCUUGGACUUGGGUGCGGAAGUUGACUUGAAUGUGCUACAGAAAAUGUCAAAAGAAUAUGCAGAGUCGAAGAAAUUGGCCAUUGAAGAGGCCAGCAAGGUGGUGGAUACCCAAGACAUAACGCACAUAUCAGAAGAUAAGAAAUUAAUUGGAGAUACAGUAGAGAAGAUAUCUGAUGACUGGAAUGUCCAAAAAGAUAUCUUUUAUCGACAAACAGGAUUCAGCCAGCAACCUUGUGGAGAACAACAGCCGCUGUUGCAGCUACAACAAGAAGAGCAACAACAGCAAGAUGAUGACGACUUUGAUCAAGAACUGGAACAACUACUAUUACAAAUGUAAUGGCAACGGCACCUGUGGCAGCUUCAUGAAGGCACAGUUUCCUCCACAGUUGAGCAAGGUUCAGGGGCAGGGAUAGUUUCUGGAUAUUUUUUAUUCCAUUCUUAUUGCACUUCCACACAAAAGCAUCUCCUCCUAAUUUUGUUUCAGAAAGGAAGAAUGCUAAUGGAUCCUUGGGUUAGGUUCUUAUUUGAUUAUGCCCCAUCAAUACGUACAGUGGAUUUGUAAAUACAGCAAACGAUUGUGUAGGAGUGAAAUCAUGAAUGAUGGCCUGUUUAGAAUAUGCAUUCAAUUAAUUCAUUCAAAGGCUUCCUAUUACAAAAAUUUCCUGUUAAUCUUGCAAUUGACAUGAGUUUUUGUUAAUUAUUUGGAGGAGAAUGGAAGGCCAUGUCGCUGGUUGUUAAAUUGUAGAGGGUUAACAGAAGAAAUUCCUAGCUCCACUGAUCAAAAUGAUACGGUAAUUGAGUUUGAGCCCGCCAAUUAACAAACAGAAUGUUGGAAGUCACUGUUAUCUUCACUGAUAUCAGGAUUAGAGUACGGCUUUGUAUGUGACACGAAGAAUGUGAUGAUCCCGGUGUCUGCCAUGCUGUUCAAUUGGAAACCAAGCUCUCCAUUGAGCAUGUCUCCAUUUUAUUCCAUUUAACUUCUUUUUUUAUGGGUUUAAAUUUUGGGCAAAGUGAACAUGCAUGUAAUCUGAUUUGUGAUCAUCCCAGUGGUAAUUAAUGACUUCAUCAUAUGUUA